UCUCAGUAUAACCUGAUUGCUGCAGGGUUCUAUGAUGGAGUCACCAUGUACUCUCAGGCUCUGAACAAGACACUGAGCGAACAGAACCCAGGGCCGGGGGUCCAGAACCUGGAGCUGGGGGUCCAGAGGCCCAGAGGAGACCUGGUGACCAAAAGGAUGUGGAACAGAACUUUCUCAGGAGUGAUGGGGCCGGUGGAGAUGGACGAGUUCGGGGACAGACAGGUGGACUUCGCCGUGUGGGACACGGUCGACAUCGAGACUGGAGAGUUCCAGGUGGUGUGUGUGUAUAACAGCAGUUUAAAACAGCUGGUCAUGCAGGAGGGGCGGAGCUUCCAGUGGCCCAGCGGCGCUCCACCUCCAGACGUCCCCGAGUGUGGCUUCAAGAACGACGAGCCAGCCUGUGUUGCACGUACAGUUACUAUGCUCCAGAUGGUUGCCAUAGUGAUCUGCUUCGUCUUCGUCAUCAUUGUUACCGUGACAGUCUUCAUCUACAGGAAGUUGAAGCUGGAGAGCGAGCUAGCGGCUCAGCUGUGGAGGGUUUCCUGGGACGACGUCCAGAUGAGUAACCUGGAUAAAGUCCUGAAGAGAACCUGUAGCAGGCUCACCAUGUCUCUGAAAGGAUCUAACUGCGGCUCUCUGAUGACGAUGGAGGGAAACUUCCAGAUCUACACUAAGACAGGAUACUACAAGGGAAACAUCGCUGCCAUCAAAUACAUCAACAAGAAACGCAUCGAACUGACCCGGAAAGUUCUGUUUGAACUCAAACAUAUGCGAGACGUUCAGAACGAGCACCUGACCCGCUUCAUCGGGGCCUGCAUCGACCCGCCCAACAUGUGCAUCAUCACCGAUUACUGCCCCAGGGGUAGUCUGCAGGACCUGAUGGAGAGCGACAGCAUCACUCUGGACUGGAUGUUCAGAUACUCUCUCAUCAAUGACAUCGUCAAGGGCAUGUUGUUCCUCCACAACAGCGUCAUCGUCUCCCACGGCAACCUGAAAUCGUCUAACUGCGUGGUGGACAGCCGCUUCGUCCUGAAGAUCACCGAUUAUGGUCUGGAGAGUCUGAGGACCUCCAGCUGCCCCGACGACACACACGCUUACUACGCACGGAAGCUGUGGACGGCCCCCGAGCUGCUGAGGUCAGACUGCCCCCCCCCCUGUGGGACUCAGAAAGGAGACGUCUUCAGUUUCAGCAUCAUUCUGCAGGAAGUGGCUCUGCUCAGAGGGGUCUUCUACCUGGACACACACACACUCACGCCCAAAGAGAUCGUGGCUGCUGUGCGUGAUGGCGUGGCCCCCCCCUUACGCCCGGCUCUCUGCCCCCUCAGCCACAGCGAGGACCUCGGCGUGCUGAUGCAGCGCUGCUGGAGCGAGGAGCCCAACGACAGACCUGACUUCAGCACCAUCAAGAUCCUGCUCCGCAAGCAGCACAGAGGGUAUGGUUCCAACAUCCUGGAUAACCUCUUGUCCCGGAUGGAGCAAUACGCCAACAACCUGGAGGAGCUGGUGGAGGAGAGGACGGCCGCGUACCAUGAAGAGAAACGCAAGGCUGAGACUCUGCUCUACCAAAUACUACCUCAUUCGGUUGCCGAGCAGCUGAAGCGCGGCGGGACGGUUCAGGCCGAAGCCUUCGACUCCGUCACCAUUUACUUCAGUGACAUCAUCGGCUUCACCGCCCUAUCAGCUGAGAGCACGCCACUGCAGGUGGUGACGUUGUUGAACGACCUCUACACCUGCUUCGACGCCAUCAUCGACAACUUUGAUGUUUACAAGGUGGAGACGAUCGGCGAUGCCUACAUGGUGGUGUCCGGGCUGCCGGUGCGGAACGGGAAGCUGCACGGCCGCGAGGUGGCCCGGAUGUCCCUCACCCUGCUGGACGCCGUCCAGAGCUUCAGGAUCAGACACCGAGCCAAUCAGCAGCUGAGGCUACGCAUCGGCAUACACAGUGGUCCGGUGUGUGCCGGUGUGGUUGGACUGAAGAUGCCCAGGUACUGUCUGUUCGGAGACACAGUCAACACAGCGUCACGCAUGGAGUCCAAUGGAGAGGCUCUGAAGAUCCACGUGUCCGAGGCGACCAGAGACGUCCUGCAGGAGUUUGGCAGCUUCAGGCUGCAGCUCAGAGGAGAGGUCGAGAUGAAGGGCAAGGGCCGCAUGAGGACCUACUGGCUGCUGGGGGAGGAGACUCAAACCCCCGGCUGCUGACCUACUGGCUGCUGGGGGAGGAGACUCAAACCCCCGGCUGCUGACCUACUGGCUGCUGGGGGAGGGGACUCAAACCCCCGGCUGCUGACCUAUUGGCUGCUGGGGGAGGGGACUCAAACCCCCGGCUGCUGACCUACUGGCUGCUGGGGGAGGGGACUCAAACCCCCGGCUGCUGACCUACUGGCUGCUGGGGGAGGGGACUCAAACCCACGGCUGCUGGGGGAGGACCCCUCCACCUGACUGACCUAUCAGGAGAUGGAGCCUCAGACUUUGUGAACAACCAGCCAGUAUUAAACCCCUCCCGCUCCUCCUCCUCUCUGAUUGGACGUUCAGCUCUGACAUCAUUUAAAGUGACAGGUCCAGAAACACGGACGGACGUAAAAUUAGUUAAUCGUGUAAAAAGAAAAAUC